AUGGCCGCUCUUGAGUCGCUCAACUUUGACAGCGAUGCCGCCGUUCAUUAUAUUCACUGCGUCCUUUCGAAUGCCCCGUUUGACCUGAACGUGUCGGAAGUGGCUCCAAUGAUCGUUCCCAAACCGGGAACCGACGCUGCAAAGCAGCUCCAAGCUGUGGGCUGCCGCAUUGUCCCACACCGGCUCCAAAUGUAUAAGGAGCCACUGGAGAAGAAGUUUGGUUUCGUUACAUUCUUUAUUCACCAGUCGUCAGAAACCACUGAGCUUGAGGAGGAGGUGCAUCAGCGGAUUCUGCUCUGGAUCCGUCAAGAUCUGACUGAGCAGUUGGCAGCCAUCAAGGUAAGUGUUGACUUGGGGCAGCCGCCUGAGUGCUAUUCCUCUUUUCCUUUUCUACGGGCCCUGCAACAGCAAUGCUCAUUUUUGGACGCCACACACGCCAAGGACCCACGGAAGCUGGAGACCUUUCUCUUGUCUAAGGUCACAUUUUACGACAAGGCGCGGAAUGCAGACAAGAACAACAGGAGUACGUUGAAAAGGGAAGGUAAAGAGGCGGGCAAGGAGGAUGUAUGGCAAACUGUCGGCCUAUUGCGUAUUUCAUCGUUGUUCCCAAGAGAACUGCUGUGGUUGGGGCGCGAGCAUAACCAGUUUCCGCCCAUUAUAAUAACGAACAAAGAUAUUUCCACUGCUACGUGUAACCCGGGGGCAUUGCAUGCAUUCCUUAAGGGCGCACUUCUCCCACUGUUUGAUGUGGUACCAUGA